GGGUUGGUGGUCUGCUUCAUGUUAGGAGGACACCCCUCCAUCUGUUCUCACUGCAGCCUGUUUCCAAUUUAAAACACAGAUUUCAAUACAAACCUCAAUUUCUUUUCUCCAUUUUAUAUGCAAAGCGAGGCUUAUGAAUCAGUGUCACUGCUCCUGGGACUCGGACCAAAUUUCCCCCCAAAAUUCACAAGCUAUUCAUUUGAAUACCUGCUUACAGUGGUACACAAUGGACAGCUUUGAGAAGAAAAAUUGAUAAUCUUCACGGAAGAGUAAUUUGAAUGAAAUUACACUUGACAGCCUGUCUCCAAGCAAACAAGGAGAGUGAGGGAGCCUUAGCUAAGCUCUGAGGACUUGCCUAAGCCUCUGCUGUUGGAGCUUCCCAGGGAAAAAAAAAAAAAAAAACACUUCACACUUUUUUUCCUACAUGUAAUUGAAGCUUUUGAUUUAAUUCUGUGUAGCAGUUUGUAGUGAAGAAAGGUAGCCAUGGAAGAGAAUAUGGAAGAGGGACAAACACAAAAAGCAGAGCAAACAUCACGGUUUCAAGCACUUCUUAGUGAGAGUACAGGGUGCUUUGAAUGCUGUAUCAAAUGCUUGGGGGGGAUUCCCUAUGCCUCGCUGAUUGCCACCAUCCUGCUGUAUGCUGGCGUCGCACUGUUCUGUGGCUGUGGACAUGAAGCACUUUCAGGAACUGUCAACAUUCUGCAAACCUACUUUGAGAUGGCAAGAGCUGCUGGGGACGUUAUUGAUGUCUUUACCAUGAUUGACAUCUUCAAAUAUGUGAUCUACGGUAUAGCAGCUGCAUUCUUUGUAUAUGGAAUUUUGCUGAUGGUGGAGGGAUUCUUUACGACUGGUGCCAUCAAGGAUCUCUAUGGGGAUUUCAAAAUCACCACCUGCGGCAGAUGUGUCAGUGCCUGGUUUAUCAUGCUGACAUAUAUCUUCAUGCUGGCCUGGCUUGGGGUUACAGCUUUCACUUCUCUGCCUGUUUUCAUGUACUUCAAUCUGUGGACCAUUUGCCAAAACACCACCUUAGUGGAAGGAGCUAAUCUCUGCUUAGACCUUCGUCAAUUUGGAAUUGUAACUAUUGGAGAGGAAAAGAAGAUUUGCACUAUGUCUGAAAAUUUCUUGAGGAUGUGUGAAUCUACUGAGCUAAAUAUGACAUUCCAUUUGUUCAUUGUGGCACUUGCUGGAGCUGGAGCAGCAGUCAUUGCUAUGGUUCACUAUCUCAUGGUUUUGUCUGCUAAUUGGGCCUACGUGAAAGAUGCUUGCAGAAUGCAAAAAUAUGAGGAUAUUAAGUCAAAGGAAGAACAAGAGCUUCAUGACAUUCAUUCUACCCGUUCUAAAGAGCGGCUCAAUGCAUACACAUAAGAAAAACCUUGUCUAACUUGCUAACAUUUGAAUGCUUUGCUGUUUAACUAAAGGCCAUCCAACCAUUUUAAAAACAAAGUGAAAGUGCUUCUCACAAAAGAUAGCCAGGGUGACUUAGAAGCCACCCAUGUACAAUUCUUGGUUGUCAAGCACUUGAUUUCCUAAUUAGUUAUAGUUUGUGUGACCAUUCUUUACUACAAAGCUCCUAAACAGCCUUUUCCUGAAUCCUCUUAAGCUAAUUAGUUCUGUUAGAUCAAGGAUACUAACUAUUGUCAAAUACGGAGAUGUGUUUGAUUUUUUUAAUCACUUUGUAUGUGUUAUGCAUAACACCUUUUGCAUUGUUUCUUAUAUGUUUUUGAAAGGAAAAAUAGCUUUUUAUACUUUUUAGUUUUAAGUUCAAUAACUAACUACAGGUAUACUUCAAAGGGACCAUUGUACAGUAUGUACAAUAUAUAUAGAGAAGACACUCUGAUGACUUUCCUUCAUAUUUGGAUAUCUUACCAGAUGGACCAGUAACAACCUUGACUGCAGGUCCUAGAAUAUUUUAAACAAUCAAAGGUGCAAUUUCUAAAUUUGUAAUAGUAGGUAAAAAAAUUUAAAAAAAAUAAAAGUGCUUCUUAACUUUGUUAACAUUGUAUUAUUCUUGAUGUUCUUAAAGAAUAUUCUCUCUCAAAGUUUUAUCGGUGAUUAUUCCUGUUUAUAUUGUGAGCAUGCAGCCCGUGGUGUUAAUGAUGCAUGGCUAUUUGCCUGUUUAAAGGACAUGAUACCACGGUUAUCUUUAAAGAGUUUCAGUAUAUAGACAAAUGUUAACUAAGUGAUAUCGCUAUGCGUAGGUUUGUGCAGAAUGAUUUCUUUGUAAUUCAACAAUGGUUAUGCGGAAUUGGAACUGUUCAUGUGCUGAUGUGAGCAAUUACUGUUUAGCUACAUUUAUGAAAGUGAUAUAUCAAAAAUACAGCAAGCUUACAAGUCAGAAGUCUUUUUUACCUGCUUUAAAAAUUUUAAUGGAUUGCACCUGCCUGGACUAUAAUAUACUGUAUGUGAUAUAUUCAGCGAUACUUCCAUAAAUGUAAUAGCUUGGCUUAUGGCUUUGCUACACAUACUGGUUUACCUGUAUUAUGUUAAAGUGAGGUAAAAGGCCACUACAGAUCUUAUUGUUUGAAAGUGUAGUAAUAUAUUUGAACCUUUCUUUUGGCUAGGAAAAUGUUAUCAGAAAGGUAAGUCAUGUUAUUUUGAAGAAAGUACCUGUAUCAAAAGAACAAAAAAUGAAGAAAAAAAUGUACAAAAAGAAAAAAAAAUAGCAAUCAGUAUUAUUGGACCAAAUCUGGUGUCUUUUUUUAUUUUUAUUUUUUGCCUAUUUCUAAUGCUACAAGAAUGCUGUAAAGUGUCUUUUAAAGUGAUGUAGCCUGACAAGACAUUUUUGUCAGUGUUAAAAAUCCUAGGUAGUUUUGUGCACUUAAUGGACCAUUGUGAAUUCUCUCUCAGUGUAAGUGCAUUUCUAAUAAAGGGUACUGAGUAAAACUCUUAUUUGUACUAUUACUAGUCAUGCAUCAUCAGUAAUUUUUAACAAUUCUUGUAGUAAGUAGAAGGUAAUUCAAUAGUUAUUUGUGGCAUGGUUAUGCAUUAAGUAGCAUUAGUUGAUUAAUUUGGGGGGUUUUGUUUGCGAUUUGGUUUAUUUUGUCUGUUUGGCUUUUUUUUUUUUUUUACUUAGAUUGUCUUACUGGGUCAACAGUUUUCUGAUAUGUGCAGUACCAAUAUUACAGUUCUGCAAAAAGUAUUAUAAACCUUCUUUGAUUCUAUAUUGUAGUGUUUCAGUUUUGUGUCUUAAACAGUUUGUGCUGAUUUUUAAAACUAUGUCUUUUAAACUCAUGUAAUGAUGUUGAUGCUUUCGGCUUUUCUCUGGUAUUAGAGUUUGUAUUUUCACAAAGAAUGCUUUGUAGCAGGCAUUACAAUUAAUCUGUUUUGUACAUAAAUGUGCCAACAGCUUGAUGGUGGCGUUUUUGAAAUGUAGAACAAAGUGCUUGCAAAAAUGUAAUAAACACACUUGUGUACUUUGUGUAUGUA